GAUCGCAACUUUGCUUGGAUGGGAUCCUUGUCCUUGGGUGGCCUGCCGCCCUGAACCCAACUGCUCCCCAGUGUACCUCUGUCAUCCGUAGGCGAGACCGAUGCGACAUCCAUUUGCCAGCGUUCAGUACUUUCGCAGCUCUCUAUCUUCAGAAUCGUUGGAGUCUUCUCAGGAACAACGGGUGCCGAGCCGUCGAGGAGAGAAUCGACGAGUUAUUACGCCAGCUCCUCGAUUACAGCACCCGUUUUCCGCUGCACCUAAUUCUGAGCCUGUGAGGCGGGCACGCAGUGCUUCAUUGACCAGAGCCACACCUCGGAUCCCAUUUUCAUUGCCUCGAAGGAAACCGUCUGCUAUCUCCAUAGAUACACAACCAUCUGGAAAAGUUGGCAGUGAAGCGAUUGCACCGCCAUCGUCUGGAAAAGCUUCCCCAGGACAUUUUGUGAAACACUCGAGCAAGAUCACAGUUCUCUUGAGUGGUCAAAAGGAGAAUGCGUCGGAACCGGUAUAUUCGAAUGGUGCCACAAUCAUCGGUAUUCUAGCUAUACCUAAGCCUUCCGGCCUCUUAACAUUAGAAGUGAAGGUCGAAGGACAUAUCAAGCUCAAGGAAGUAGCGGGAGGUGGUGCGUUUGAUGGAGAAAUAAUCAACGAAACACUUUUCAUAUGGGAUUCGGAACACGAUGCCACGUUUCCGUCCAAGGUCAACUUCCGAUACACAUUACCGACCCAUUACACGAAUGGAUUAACAGGGGAGAAGUCAAGAUUGCCUCCUAGCUUCGAGGCCUAUCUUCCGGGUAUACCGGGGUUUGAUGUGAACAUAUCCUAUGGAAUCUACGUGUACCUCACACGUACACGAGAUAGGUCUGACUGGUGGCGUAAAGGGAAGAGGCUUCGGAUUCCAUUUCGUUACAAGGAGCUUACUCGACCUGUACGGGCUGGUCCAUUCCCGUUAUCAAUGACCAAAACGCCGAGCAUUCCAAAGACAGUCUUUGCAUUCUCGUUGCGCACACGUAGGCGCAAUUACAAUGAUGUUGAAGUGCAUCUAUUCUUGCCUUGUUCACGAGUUUGCACACUCAAGGAGCCAAUUCCUUUCUCUGUCACCCUAUUCGGAGACGAAGAUUCCCUAGCGCCAUUCUCCACAUAUCAACCUUCUCCGUCAUCAUUCCAUCCACUUUCCCAUAAUCAUUCCAUUACGAGCUCAAUUCAAACGCGAUUCAAUGCUCGAAUACAGCCAAAUCUGCUGCCUCCGCCGAUUCGUGUUCAACUAUCAAGGCGAACAGCCGUCGAUGCCUUAGCUGCCGGGAUGAUGAUCGCGGAAGAAAAGGGACAUAUGGCCUUCACCAGACCCUUAGGGCAAGGUGUGAUCCAUAAAUCAAGUCGGGGCCCAAACUCUAUGACAUGGUCAGGUUCAUUUGCAAUCCCUCCCUCCAUUACGACAGGGGGAUUCACCACGAGCGGCGUGAAAGUGACGGGCACCAAUUCCGAUGCAAUCUCAAUCAUUCUAUUUGUAGAUGUAUAACUGAUUAGCAUGGUCUUCCCAUUGAUUCAAACAGGACGCCAUCGUGCUCACCAUCGUGCCACCUGAUAGUGCACGUUCGCGAUUUAUGCCGUUCAGCGAAAGUGUACCCAUACGGCUCACUACCGAGUCGUAUGAUUGUCCUUCUGCCACAGUCAGUGUGUCCGACUGGGAGUAAGCGUCCAGUGUCGUCGGGACUUAACACCUAUAGAGCCAGCGCUCUCACAGAAGAUGUAUGAAUAGAACGCGUGGUCGCACACGCGUGCAACUGCGGAGGUGUGGGGAGUACCACCUCGAUAAUCAUCCAGGGUUCUUCUACGGUGUCACGCCAGCGAAUGGGAUUCCUGGAUGUCAUGAUGAGGGCUUCGAGAUUCCGCGCUUCCAUAUGAUUCGGAGGUAUGCAGGGUUCUUCCCUUGAUUCGUUUGUAACUUAAUCCUGGACGUCAUGGACUUUCUGUUUAUUGGCUGCGUUCUAGCUAUGUAUUAUAGUCUGUUGGACUGCAGAGCUGUAUUCAUAUUUUAUCUCUACUAUGUUGGAGUAAUUAUUCUACCGGCAGAGCCGC